AAAUUUAUUGACAUUUCAGCGUGUCGCGUCUUGUGAAAAUUGUUCCGAUUUCUUGCUGUGAUCGAAAAAUAUAUAAUUUAUAUAGAUUUUAGUAAAAAAACUCCAGUUUGUGUAUAUUUUGUGUUAAAAUUUGAACAUUAGUAAGGUGAUCUAGCACAAAUGUUUGCUGAAUAUGCUGGAUUUUUUUUCUGCCCCACAAUUUCUCUAUUGACCCCUGAAAAAUAUUGGACAAGUUGUUAAAAGCUGUUUUUAGUUUCACAAUCUUUAUAUAUAACGCUACGUUUCUCAAAGAUUUAACAAAAGUGUAAAUUUAAAAACUAUAAAGCACUGCUCAAGGCCGUGCGAGACACGCUCGCCACAAUAUGGCACCGGCUCCUCAGCCCUUGGAAGGUAAAUUUCAAGGACCAAUGACCGGAUACCUGCCUUCAGGGCAGGAGGGUGGCCCCCGUAUGAACACAAUCUCACUUGCUGUUCUAAUUGAUUUUAUAAUUCAGAGGACUUACCAUGAUCUCACAGUGCUCGCAGAAUUGUUACCCCGUAAAACUGACAUGGAACGAAAAAUUGAGAUUUACAAUUUUUCGGCGCGAACUCGCCAGCUGUUUAUACGUCUUAUUGCUUUGGUAAAAUGGGCUAACUCUGUUUCCAAGGUGGACAAAUCCGCGAAUAUCAUGAGCUUCCUGGACAAGCAAAAUAUGCUAUUCAUAGAAACUGCGGAUAUGUUGGCGCGUAUGUCACGUGAAACGUUAAUCCGCGCUCGUCUGCCAAACUUUCAUAUUCCUGCAGCUGUAGAAGUUCUGACUACUGGCACCUACAAUCGCCUUCCCACUUGUAUACGCGAACGCAUUGUACCACCAGAUCCCAUAACGCCAGCAGAAAAGAAACAGACACUUUUAAGACUAAAUCAAGUGAUACAACACCGCUUAGUUACGGGCAAACUGCUGCCACAAAUGAGGGAAUUUAAAAUCAAAAAUGGACGUGUAACGUUUGAAAUUAAACAUGAAUUCAAUGUGUCGUUGACAGUUAUGGGUGAUGGCAGCAACGUGCCAUGGAGGCUUUUGGAUAUAGACAUAUUAGUAGAGGACAAAGAAACUGGCGAUGGCAAGGCAUUGGUGCAUCAACUUCAAGUUAAUUAUAUUCACCAGCUCAUUCAGGCGCGCUUAGUAGAAAAUUCAAAUGCACUAAGCGAGGUCUAUAACUGUUUGCACUAUUUUUGUCAAUCUCUGCAGCUUGAAGUACUUUACACACAAACUCUACGUCUCAGCUAUGAGCGUUUGGAUGACAAUAUUAACGUUGAAGAAUAUAUACCAGGUGUGAAAAUAACUGUUUCAUAUUGGCGCGAACUCACCAGUAAAGAUCCAAAGUCUGAGUUGGGUUAUCGUCUGACGGUGCAAUCAGACCCUAAUGAAAUUGGGCGACCACUCGCUGUGGUACAUGUGCCAUCGUUGGGCGCAAAAGAGUCUGCAGAGGUAGCUGAUCGUGCUGUAAGAUCUGAUCAUCUUUCUAUGGAACGUCUAAUUGUGUAUACUGUAUAUAUACGUUCUGUGUCACGGCUCAACGAUCUUAAAUUAGAAUUCCAAUCAUUUUUAAAAGACGUUGAUUUUAAUCUACAAGGAACGCCAGCAAUUUUGACAGUGCCUGUACUCACUCCGUGCUUGCGAGCUGAACAAGUACAUAUAACCAUUGAUACGCACACCGGCAUGUUAAGGUGCCACGUGCCAAAGCAUCUGGACUGCCCAAUUAUGCCCGAAAUGCAAACUUGCUUGAACGGCGAUAGAAGUAAAUUACAGCAAAUUAUGUCCGAACUAAGAUUUUGGAUAACUCAUCGUCGUUGCGAAAAAACUUUACAGCAUUUACCAGCGGCUACAACGGAGACGUUACCCUUUCUAACGUUGCCCGAUAAUCCGCUUAUGCAACCCGGAAGACACAAAAUUUAUGUUAAAUUGCAUCGGCAUCCCAAUGUUAUAAUUGUGGUUCAGUUAAAGGAAAAACCCAAUACGCCAAAUGAAAUGGAAUACACAUUUCAUUUGGGUUUUGUCGCAUAUCAAACUACUGAGACUGAUAUUACUGCAGAGGAAUCACAAAAUACGCGUUUGGUUUCCAGUUCGAAUCCUCCUCCCCAUCCCCCAACUGUAAGCGCUGAAGUACCAAAAGUAUACACGAAGCUGUUGCGUCUAAUCGAGUUUGAUACUUUUGUUGCCACACAUGGCCCAGGCACGGAUGUGGAUGAACUGCCACCACACAAGCGUAAAUCAAAUAGUGAACUUGGACCACCUGCCAAGCAGCAAAAGACAAUUUAUCCAGCCUAUUUUAUACCAGAACUAGCGCACGUUAUUGCGAUGUGCGAUGAAAAGAUACCAUUUUUGAAUCUAGCACAGGAAUUGUCGAGACGUGAAAUACCAAAUAGCGGCUUGCAAGUCGAAGCUAACGCUACAUCUUUGGUGCUAAAAAUACUUUCAUUACCCAUGCCGGUUCAACCACCAGUAGAUCAAAAGAAUCCAACUGGUACGUCAUUACCAACUAUUGAAAAAAUUGUUUGGAAUGAUCUCAUGAAGCGUUUGCUCUCGAUUUCCGUUCGUUCACAAAUGAACAAAUCUAAUCAGAUACGAAAUUGGGGUGUGGAGUUUGUCUUUUACAGUACUCCUUUACAAAGCACUCAUCAAAAAGAGCAGGGAAAUCGGAGAACUGUCUAUUUGACAUAUGAGCAGGCAAACCACGAUUUUGUCAAAACAGUAGAUGAUUUAUUGCGUGACUGGUCAAAGAUUGUUUACCUAUACACAUUAGUGUUUAACUUCUCCGAGCAUGUAAAGAAUAAGCGUCUAAACCUUUCUGAUAUGGUGAGUGUAAAGUCGUACAACUACAUGAAUCUGCUGCUGGGUUAUGGUCCAAAAAAAGAAGUCACUUGUAAUAUUUAUUGGUGUGCUCAGUCGAAUGGUUUUCGUCUUAUUUACGUUGGCGGCAUAUCGGCAGUGAAUGCACAUUCUAUGAUGCGAGAUCAGUUAGCUUCGCAUUUGAAUCGCCAGCACAAUCUUACACAAGUUGUACAAAUAUUGCAUGAAACCUAUAAUCCGCUGAGUUCGAUUGCCAAGCUGCCUAUAAUACCCUUGCUUGGCAUUCCACGCCCCCAAGUACCAAUUUUGUCAUUCUGUAUACUCCCACAAUCGCCAUGUCUCAUACGGUUGGCAUAUCAAGCUAUUUAUUGUCUGGAGAUACGCAUGCGCAGCGGCCGUCUAGUAUCGAUUAGAGACGGCGCAUACUCUCGUUUUGAUCGCAAUCUAAUCGACGAAUUUACACCUAUUCAGGGAUUGAAAGGCUUUCUUUUGAAACAUGUCGAUGAAAAUGCCGUUUAUCGUGGGCGCUCACAAAGUGAAGAUGAUAAUCCACCUUCGCCUUUGGGUAUGGAGGACAGUUACAGUGGUCCUGGCAGUGUAUCUGGCGCAGGUACUGGCGGCUCAUCACCAUUUACCAGUGGCGGCAUGCGUGGUCCCCAAUCGCCUCGUGAUAGCGGAUUGCGUUUUCCCACACCACAUACACCACCAUCCAGCUCAAAUCCCCAUACGCCAGCAAGUCCACAUCCAUCGGCUGGCAGUGGUGGUGGUAGCAGCCAAAACCAUCCAAAUUACAACUUAACAUCGCCGCCUGCACACCACAUGCCGCACCCGUCACCCGGUGGCCUUAUGCCAUCGUCACCGCUAAAUCCCCAACCAAGUCCACACAUGGUGCAUAGCCCUGGCCCGAAUACGCUAUAUAUGCAAGGACAUCAGGACUCACCAUUUACUGCAAUGUCGCCAGCUAACACGAAUUGGCCGGGUUCGCCCAGUAUGCCACGGCCAUCACCACGUCCUGGACAAAGUCCGGAACAUAAACCAAGCGGAGGAAGUGGCACUAAUGCCGGCACAACAUCAACAAUGUCGCGUGUGCCCUCGAAUCGCUCAUGGGCUGGUGCCGUGCCCACGAUUCUGACGCAUGAAGCGCUGGAAACACUGUGCCGGCCAAGUCCACAUCCCAGCAAAGAUAUUACCGGCCCGGAAAUAAGUCCGCUGGAACGUUUCUUGGGUUGCGUUUUUAUGCGCCGCAUGCUACAGCGUCAUAUUCAGGGUGAUGAAUCUAUCACACCACUCAAUUCCAAUGAGCCGGGAAUGGUGUUGUUUAAAGUAGACGGCCUACAAUUUCAGGUUAUGUUGAACCAGAUGCACAUGGAAUCAUUGCAUUUGAAGGCACAGCACUUGCCUACACCACCUACGCCCGAUGGCAAGCAACCAUUCCAACUAAGUGCUGAUGAUUUGCUAGUAUUGGAACAGUUCUUUGAUUUGCGCGUAGUGUCGCCUCCCUAUCGACCAAACGCUAUGACAGCCUACUGUCGCGUACUCAGUUGUCCAGGGCAGGUGCUCAAAGAUUUUGUGCAAAUUAUGCGGCUCGAUCUGAAACCUGAGGUAAUGGGGGACCAAUUAAAGUGGGCAUUGCAAUUCUGCAUGCGUGUGCCACCUUCGGCAGCUAUUAUACCUAUUGGUACACCAGGCAUAUAUAUUUGCAAACUGAAGAUUCUCUUUUUCCUGCAAAUCACGCGCAUUCCAUACAAAGGAAAAGAAUGGAAAGAUAGCCCAUCUUUGUUGUUGCCUAUGGUUUACGAUCUAACUUCGAAUAUUACACAGCUGGUUGAGCGACGCGAACAAGUGCAAUCACCAGCGAUGAAUGCUGUGAGCGCAUCGCUGCGGCGUUUCACUGAAUUCGGUGUUCAGCAUGGCCAGUGUUCUCUAUUUCCAGCUGUACUGGAAUUGCUAACCAAUCUUCAAUUACCCAACGAUGUGCCACCACCCAAUCAGAAUAUUGGUCCACCAGUAGGACAAGUGGUCGGUUCUAGCCCAAAUCCGAUGAUGCACUCGCCCAUGCAACAAAUGGGACAAAUGGGUCCAUCGCCGGUGGGUCCCGGUUACCCGCAAAUGGCACAAAAUCAAGGUCCACAGUGAUGAAGGCGCAAACGCCGCACGGUAAACAAGAAUAACAACUGUGCUGGCAGUGCUGGCGGCAAUCCUAAUAUGCAAUGAUCAUUAAUCGAGUACUUUGAAAACAAAACAGACGGGACACUAAUUAAUCAACCAGCUUCUACAUCAUAGCAUUUUUUCAAAACCUAACCGUGUCGUGUGGGUUAAAAUUAAAUUUAUAUUUUGAAUAUAUCAGAAACGAUCAAUUUGUUACAUGCAAAGCGUUUGAUUUGUAGCGUAGUGAAGAAAAUUUGUAUCAACCGUAAAAUGCAAAUAUUAAUUAUAUAAAUUAAAUGUUCGGAAACAUAACUUUUAUUGAAUUUGCGUAAAUAUAUCAAACGCUGAUACAUAUGUAUAUACAGUUUUUUUGUCACUAUGCGCAAAAUUAAAGCGCUAACUUUAGAUGAUUGUAUUAAUAAAAGAAUCACAUUU